AUGUUGCUUAAAGAGUUCAAUGACAUAGAACAAAAAAACAGGAGACAACACAAUCUAACUAAAGUCGAACAGGAAAGCCUUAGGUCCUUGAAAAAUAAUAAACAAAUAGUCAUUAAAGCUGCUGACAAAGGAGGGGCUACGGUGAUUAUGGACAGAACGUAUUACCUCAAAGAGGCUCUACGUAUUCUUAAUGACGAAAAUACUUAUAGAAAACUUCUAGUCAACCCUACAAGAACCUUUCAAGAGGACCUGAGAGUACUAUUACAGGGGGGAUAUGAUAACAAGACAUGUGGUACCGCAAUGGGAACCAGAUUCGCGCCGAGCUAUGCAAAUCUCUAUGUGGCCGAUUGGGAAGCCAAUUAUAUUUGGAAAAACAACCCGUUCGGCGCGAAUCUGGUUCUCUGGAAGAGGUACAUUGACGACGUUCUUAUAAUAUGGCAAGUCUGUGGAAACAGACCCCUAGCGGAGGAUUUCCGCGGCUCCCGCGUGGUGGGGGGAAAGGAUGCCCAGCCUGGUAACUGGCCCUGGGCAGUGAGUGUCCAGGAGGACAUUGACAACGAGUAUUUUCAUUUAUGCGGCGGUGUUGUCCUGAAUAAUUUGUGGGUUCUCACAGCUGCCCAUUGCUUCAAAGAUCGCGGCAAUGACUAUUAUACCUGGAGACUUGUGUUUGGCGCCAACCAACUUUCCGACAUGGGGACAAAGGCUCAGAUCCGAAAUAUAAAAGAAAAGAUUCAACAUGAGAAAUACGACCCGGAAACGGAGAGUAAUGACAUCACCUUGCUCAGGCUGAAUAAGCCUAUAAUAUUUGACGACUACACUCAGCCAGCGUGUCUCCCUGCCAAACAAGCCAUUCUGGAUAAAAUGGACGAAUGCUACAUCGCAGGCUGGGGGGUCCUUAAAGAAGCCUCCACUGAAACAUCGGACAUCCUCCAGGAAGCUCCUGUGAAUUUAAUUCCAGUGGAGCGCUGCAACCGUCCAACCUGGUACAAUGGAGCUUUGGGUGACUACAACUUGUGUGCUGGAUAUGAACAGGGUGGUAUUGACAGUUGCCAGGGUGACAGUGGCGGACCUUUGAUGUGCAAAAAAAGCAAAGCCAAGUUCUUCACCGUGGUUGGCAUAACCAGCUGGGGCUCCGGCUGUGGCCAGAAGCAAAACCCUGGAGUGUACACCUCUACCCAGUAUUACCUCGAGUGGAUCUCUAAACACAUGUCCGAGGGCAAGAAGCCUGCAUCCAAAUCUAUGAAGAUGAAGGCUGCGAAAAAAAUCUGGCCAAAAUUAGCUGAGGAACUCAGCAAAGCUGGCAUGAAAGGCCAUUAAUUGUUUGGUGCUCUGAAAGUAGAAGAAUCAAAUCUGAACCAUCUUUUCACCAGAGAAUCAUCACCAUUACAUGUCAGCAAUGUGUAGAUUAGAAUUAGUAGAUAAAUAAAUAGAAAUGCA